AUGUAUAGGGCCAGGACCAUCCUACGUAAAUUAGAGGUAUACGCUGAGAGACAUCCAUCUCAAUAUCAGAAAACCAUGAAACUGCUGACAAAGUGGGCCCCAGGUGGCUCCAAGGAGGAGGAGAAAGCGCUGAAGGAAUCCCUGGAACAAGUUCUGAAGAACCAACCACAUCUCCUGGAUGAGUUGUCCCUCUUUUUUGAGGAUGAAAAGCCCCCUGACAGCUAUAUGACCGAUUUUGAGGAGAUAACUCUGGCAGACAGUGAUGAAGACGAAGGGUUCCUGUUUGAUGAUUUUGAGGAAGUGGUCAUUCCAGAAGAUGAAAAUCCUGAUGGAACUAAGAAGUGCAUGUGUAAUUGUCAUCAAAAUCCCAAUGCUAAAAACUUCCACAUGAGGAAUAUUCACUGUACAAACUGUUGUUUGAAGGUAAUUGAUGGAGAGCUAUACUACAGGAUCAAUAGACAAGUCAUAAAGAAAGUGAGGGUGAAGUAUUACCCCGAAGUUAAACCUCUGAGCAGCCUAGAGGAAGAAGAGGAGGAGGUGGAGAAGACGAGAGUGAAGACAGAACCGAUGACACCAUCCCAGUGGGAGGAAGAUGAGGAGGGAGCAGAGAAAGAGAACGUACAGAUCAGACGACCAAGGAACAUGGGAAUAAAGCUUAAGAUAUCUAGCAGAAAGAAGGGGAAACAGGGGCGCUUCUUUUCUAUCAAAGAAAUGGCUGAUUCUCCUGUCAAGAAAACAGUUACAAGUGUUUCAACAGAAACUGGGGACCAGAUUUCUGACCUGGAUAACCUUCCCUCCACGUCCAGUCAGCCACAGGAAAUGACUGAAGAUGGUGAGAAGAGUGGAGACAGGGAAUCGGUCUCAGUGCUAAGAACUGAAGGAUUGGAAAGUACAGACCACUCAGAGGAAUCUCAGCUUGGUUGUGGUCUACCUGAUCUGAUCCCCCCUCAGGACCAACGAAGGCAAGAGGAAACAAAUCCUGGGGGAGCAGUGGAGAAGGUUGAGGAAACGUCUCCACUGUCCAAAGUACCCAGGUCAGUGGAAGUGACCGUCACAGCAGACAGCAAUGAGGACUUCGCAGGGGCCAUAAUAUCCAUCCCAAACACUGAAACCACACCAAAGAAGAAUUCUGAAGGAGAAUUCACCAUCAGUUCAUGGGUGGAAAGUGCUAACUUGUCACCUAGAAAACCCCUCCCAGCUCUUAUGGAGGAGGUUGCCAUGGAUGGACAUAGUUCUCAAAACAGAGACAGUUCUUGUUCUGACUUGCUUGCCAAGGCUUUACACGAGGCCAUGAUAAGUCAGUCAGAUGUGUCUAUGACGUUAGAUUCCUCACAAUUAGGCAACAAACCACAGAGUACAUCUAGUCCAAUAAAAACCUCGGUGUCUUCAACUAAUUUUGGAUUUUCAAUAGUAUCUGAAAAAGAGACAAAAGAGACUAAGAAUAUGGCCAAAAAUGUAGAGAAGUCAGAUUCAGAAAAAAGCUUUUUAUCAAGUGCUAAACAAUUAGACUUUAGUCCUACAGAUAGACAGAAGAAGAAAUUAAGUGAGAAAAGAAGAAUAGUACCCAAACCAGUCACUGCAAAAACAAGUUGUGUCUCGCCUGCAUUUUCCUUGUCCAGCAUAGACAAUGUUGAAUUCCUUAAAAGUCCCUCAGCCUCUAGCCCUGUUAUUGCCUACACAAACUCCCCAGUGUUCCACAAUGACAAUUCUAAUCUGUCUAUAAAAGUAAGCCCAAAUCCAAAGUCGUGUUCCACAGAGGAGUCUGUAUCGGGAUCUUCAGCUGGCCAAGGUCUGAAACUAAAACUGAGUAAAAACCAGAAUGUGGCCUCUCCAUCUGGGAACAUUAUUUCCAGUGUUGUUGGAUUUGGUCAAGAAGAACCUAAAGCAAGUCCUAGUUCCACUGAGGCGUCAGAUGCACCAGUGGAGAAAAGAGAGACAACUCCUGCAACACCACAGAUUGAAUGGACAAGGGAUAUGGAUAGAGUAAUGUUAGAGAGUGUUAAAGCACACGGCCCUUUUUCCAAAACAUUUGAAGACAUUGCAAAACAAAUUCCUGGAUCUACAGCAGCUUCA